CACGGAGAAACAAAUUGAUGGUUUCUGUUAUCAGGAGCAACGUACGGGUUACUUUGCAUCACACGCGGCUCGUGUUUAUAAUUUCUCGCGAAACUCAUAAAUAGCGUCUUCGAAUCUAUCUUUAGUAGAAAUAUCAAGAAGAACAAGAUGUCGACUGUCACAAGUUCUAUCACCCCACCAAGCACAACAAUUUGAGUUCUCUGUUAGUUGUUCUGCUAGUAACAAAUACUCAAUUCAAUUCUGGAAUCUGCCAUUACGACCCAACCGUCUUUUCACCAAUCGAACGCUCUGGUCAGGUCAAGUAGCUUACGACACGUAUGUAUCGAACUCCGAUUUUAUUUACCGUCAUAGAGUUCGUACCAACUUAUCUUUAAAAAGAAUUGGCAACCAAACAAUUCUUAACGAAAACAAUUUCGCAUCAGACAUAACGAAACUCUUUAACUACGACUAAGCUUGAAGGGAAAACGAACCAACAUGUCGGCUAAUUCCACAAUUCCGAUCGAGGUAGAUCGGUUAAGCACAUACGCACACUCAUCUUCAUCUUCAGAAAAAAAUGAUGAUGCAAAAAAUCCUCCCUCAACUACAGAGGAUGGGAUUGCCCUCGCAAAGGCUAAAAUGGACCGGGAUGUAGCAGAGCAGAAGAGAACAGAAGCUGUAUCCUUGAGGAGAUCUCGAGGAGAUCAUCCUGAAUUUCUUGAGAUUAUGGGAUUAGAAAUUGUCGAUAUUCAUGUGGGACCACAGAAAAAGCUCUUUCGAGUCCAUCGAGGUAUACUUUGCGAUAAAGUGCCAUAUUUCCAAAAGAUGUUUUCGAGUGGCUUUGUCGAGGGGCUCAAGGGUAAAGCAUUCUUUCCAGAAGAUGAUCCAAAAUGUUUUGAUUUUUUCAUGGGUUGGAUAUAUUUUGGUACUCUGCGAGUUAUUAAUGCUUCUACCGCAUUAGAAAAGGUUGAGUAUGACUUGAACCUACUAUCAUUGUAUACUUUCGCAGAUAAACUAUGCCUACCUGAGCUCAUGGAUCUUGUUCUCAAUACAUACAAAAACACCUAUGAGAAAUAUAACAGAUUCCCCAGGGUAAGUUUGGUCAGCGAUGUAUACCAAGUGACACCAAAAGACUCUCCUCUUCGAAACUUUAUGUGUCACUGCAUGUAUUUUAUUUUUGUUGAAUACACUUCUGAAGAUAUUCGCAAUUUUUGGAUAACUGAGGACAUGGCAACGGCAUGAGCAUCCACAAGGAUUUAACCAUCGACUUUCUUAAUCUGAUGAGAUCAGAUGCGCCAGGUUUU